AGAUCUGCAUCCUGCAACCUUAUACUCCUCUUUCUCCUGGAAAGCACUGGAAUCUUUCCAAGGUGACCUGCUGGACUUGAAGAAGGUCUUUCCACCUGACACACAUGUAUUUUUGCAAACUGUGUGUAAAAAAAGAUGCAUCAUUAGUAGUUUAAAAGUGUAACUCAUAUUAUAUAGAGUAAAUCUACACACAGAGUAAAACAUUUCAUGAUCAGCGCAAACAAAAACACCUAUCUUUUGGAGAAAGUAAAGCGUUACACAUAAAACAAUGAACUAAAUUUGAUAUAAAAAUGAGAAGAGAUUCCCUCUAUGUUAAACGAUUCUAUUAAGAUUUGAGGAGGUUAAAUCAAGUCUUUUGCACAUAUUCAGUAUGCUAAGCGCGUUAGCCUUUUGCUAUGCACUUUAUAGUUCCAAUAGAUGCAGAAUUCAUAUAACAAACUACUGGCCUAUCCAAUGGUCAAAAUAAAGAAUGGCUGAAAGAAGAAUUCAUGAAUAAUAGACAAAAGCCAAUCUAUAAAAAAGAAACUUGUGACAGGUGAUUGAAUUGGACACCCACAGCGACAACUUCCCUGUUGAAGGUAGCAACCGUUUUCAUUGCUUAGAUCGGAUGACGUCCUCGUCACACUUUACUCAUCCUCAAUCUGUCUUCGAGGCCCAGAUUGGGCCUUAACCUUCAAGUGGUGCUCCUUAAUCCAGUUAGCGUCGAGCAGUCGCUGUGGAAAAUCCCCAGAGAGCUGCGUUGCACUGUGGAUCUCGCAAACACCAGGGACAUGCUAGGCCACCUGUAGACCCUCAGGAUGUUCAACUGGGUGGUGAAAGUGGUCCCUCAUCCCCCUGGACCUCCUCAAACAGAUGCAGAUAUCAAGACUCCUGCUGGGGAACUCCCCAAAAACAAAGAUGUCAAGAGUCUUCCACUGAAGGGUACAGGUGAUGCUUCAGAAGACAGUCAGUCCCAGGCGGGAGUCUUAGGUUGGCUGUCCAAUAGCUUUGCAAGCACCCUGCCUCAGCCUGCCGGAUCACCUCACCUCGGCAACAAGUCUAUUGGGGAUGAAAGGUCGGGAGUGAUUGGAUGGGUCACUCAAAGUCUGACAAAGGUGCUCCCACAGCCUGACGAGAAGUAUAGAGAAGACAACAAUGGCAACGAAGAGGAGCACACAGAGGUGUGCGAAGUUGCAACAAUGUUAGAUUAUGACCCGCUCCCACACAUCCCCGUCGUGGAAAUGUUAUCAGAAGAAGAGGCAGAGGAGAAUGAGGAGGUGUUUCCCCCAAACGUGAUGAUGUGGAUCAAGCAGAAGAUCCCUCAGCCAAUUCUAAUCCCCGCUAGUUCCGUGCCCAUUGACCCGAAAGCCAAAAAGACUCCUCGCUCAUCUUUGGACAAAAUUCUUUCUCCACCACCUGAAUCUCUAAGUGGAAUCACACUGGACACUGAUAACAAGGCCUCAGGGAUGGUUGGCUGGUUUGUGUCAGGGCUUGGCUUGAAGCUCCCUCAGCCUGUUCUUCCAGCCCAAAAUGACACCGUGGCCACAGCAGAUGUUCUGAAGAAAGCCUCUACCAAACUCAAUCCCGACAUGGUGUUAGAAGACGUGGAUUCAGACAGCGAGGGCCACAUGACCUCAACCCACACACAGCAGAGCAUAGCACAGAGGAUUUCCACCAUGCACCAAAACAGGUGUGCUGAGUCAAAGCAAGCAUCCCACCCGGCUUUGGCUCCAAUUCGUCAGGAGGAUGCUGAGACCCAGACAGGCCGCUGGACACCGUUCAUUGAAAGCAUCAGGCGGGAGGCUGAGGAUGUGGCCUUGGCCACCAUGGAGGAACGUUUGCAGCAGGAGCGCAUAGAGAUGACCAUCAUGGCCGCAGAAGUGGCGAGACAGACGGCCGAGAUGGCCGUAAGACAGCUGGCCAGCGAGGGUCAGUCCAUCAAACUAUCACUGGGGAGCCAAGAGAUGCUGGAGGAACCCGACGCAGAACUGCAAGUUUUAGAAGAAGAGACACCAGUGACUGAGCAAAUCAUUGUAAAAGAAGAGCUUCUUGCUGUUGAAGAGCAGGAAGAAAGCAACGCUGAGGAGGAAACCGGCAUUGAAGAAGGAGAGCCGGAAAAGGAGGCAGAGCCACGAGGGAUAUCCCCGUCUCCCCCUCCGAGACCUGAACCAGUGAAGGUUUCUGAACCGGAGUGUGUUCAACAAGCAGUGGUCCAGAGCCGAGAAGAAGUUCCACAGGCUGAGCCUGUGACCCAGCAGCCACAGAAAGCUGACAAAGAUAUUCAAGGCACCAAGACUGAUGAAAAAGAGGAUGCCACUGAAGAUGAUUGUGGGGAUAGUUCUCGACUCAGCCUCCGUCCAGCAGUCAAUAUCGAGGAUGUCGACUCGCACUGCGAGAGCGCCGCAGAGGGGAAGGCGGAGCAACUCCUCACCCCGCAGGAUCCGAGACUAACAACCCUGACUGUCCCCGUCACCCCAGCAGGAGGGCGACCAAGCAAAGGAGAUAAAGAUAGGAAGCUGCAAUCGCAAAGUGAAGAUGAUGAGGAGGAAGCAGGCAUCCCAAUCAGAGCCUGGGCCAGCCAGUCCAGCAUCCACAGCUCCGAUGACCCCUUGCGAGAACGUCCGUCAUCGUCUGCCAGUCAGACCAGCACGGUGGUCAAUGAGCGUCUUCAGGAGCUGGUCCGCAUGUUUAAAGAGAGGACAGAGAAGGCAAAAGAGAAACUCAUAGACCCUGACAGCUCUGACGAAGACAGCAUCAUCCCCUCUCCUCAAAAGGCCCAAGCGCUGCACCCCGCUCCGAAUACGCAACGUGUGGACAAGGAAGUUUCUGAGGAGCCCCCUGGUCCUUCAGGAGGAAGAGCCGACAGUGAGCCAGAGGAGAAGUCCGAGCGGCAGGUGAAAUCCCCUCGACGGACACGAGCCUUUGUGCGCUUCCGCUUCCCCGCCAGCAUCGACCCUUUCACCAAUUUAAUGUAUGUCCUGUGGAUGUUCUUGGUAUCUCUGGCGUGGAACUGGAAUGUGUGGUUUAUCCCAGUGCGUUGGGCUUUCCCCUACCAGACAUCAAGCAAUAUUUAUUACUGGCUGCUGACUGAUUACCUUUGUGACCUUAUUUACAUCCUGGACAUCACCGUCUUCCAGCCACGUCUGCAGUUUAUCCGAGGAGGGGACAUAGUUUGCGACACAAAAGAAAUGAGAAAGAAUUACAUGAAAUCCAAACGUUUUAAGUUUGAUGUGGCUAGUCUUGUUCCGCUGGAGCUCUUCUAUUUUAAAACUGGCAUCAACCCUCUCCUGCGCCUGCCCCGGUUACUCAAGCUCAACUCAUUCUUUGAAUUCAAUGAGCGUUUAGAGGCUAUCUUGACCAAAGCCUACAUCUACAGGGUGAUCCGGACCACCACGUAUCUCCUCUACUGUCUCCACUGCAACGCCUGCCUCUACUACUGGGGCUCUGCCUUCAAAGGACUGGGUUCCACUAAGUGGGUGUAUGACGGCAAAGGCAACAGUUACAUUCGCUGUUACUAUUUUGCGGUGAAGACCCUCAUCACUAUCGGGGGGUUGCCAGAUCCCACUACCCUGUUUGAGAUCGUCUUUCAGCUCAUCAACUACUUUGUGGGAGUCUUUGUCUUUUCUAUCAUGAUUGGGCAGAUGCGAGAUGUCGUUGGGGCAGCCACAGCUAGUCAGACAAAUUACCGUACCUGUAUGGACAACACCAUUAAAUACAUGUCUUCGUAUCGCAUCCCCAAAGAUGUCCAGAACAGAGUCAAAACCUGGUACAACUACACUUGGCAGUCACAAGGCAUGCUGGACGAGCAGGAGCUGCUGACACAGUUGCCAGAUAAGAUGCGUCUGGACAUCGCCAUUGAUGUCAAUUACUCCAUCAUCAGCAAAGUCCCACUCUUUCAGGGUUGUGAUCAACAGAUGAUCUUUGACAUGUUAAAGAGCCUGCGCUCAGUUGUUUACCUGCCAGGGGAUUAUGUCUGCAAAAAGGGAGAGGUCGGUCGGGAGAUGUACAUCAUCAAAGCAGGCGAAGUGCAGGUGGUUGGUGGACCGGAUGGGAAGACAGUUUUUGUCACUCUCGGUGCUGGCUCAGUCUUUGGCGAGAUUAGUUUACUCGCAGUGGGCGGGGUCAACAGGCGCACGGCUAACGUGAUCGCUCACGGCUUUGCCAAUCUUUUCAUCCUGGACAAGAAAGACCUGAACGAGAUUUUGGUCCACUAUCCUGAAUCCAAGAAACUGCUGCGUAAGAAAACCAGGAAGUUGCUCACCAAGGAGAAGAAACCGGAUCCCAAAGAGGAAGCCAAGGAGCCUGCCAAGGUCCAGGUCACUCCUGUAAGGCCAGAGACUCCCAAGCUGCUAAGAGCUGCCUUAGAGAUGACUGAGAAAUCCACCGGACUCAAAGGAGCCAUGGCUCAAGUUAAAGACAAGACCAACAAGUCUAGCGUCUCGCUGCAGGCAUCCAUCUCGUCCCCGCUUCCAUCCCCCGUCUCCACGCCCUCAGUCACUCCCACCAGCUCCACCACGUUUCUCUCCACGUUUGCCUGCUUCAACGACAACUCGGAUAUGUCGCUCUCUCUCACGGAGGAUGUGCUGCCAGUGGAUCACAGACAGGAGUGUGAGCGAGAGGAGGAAGAGGAGGAGGGUGGGAUAAAGGUGUGAUGGUAAUAAGAACUGUUGGUCAAGUCAACAAACAAAUAUCAUGCUGGUGCACACAAAGGUCAACUUUGAGGGCUUAUGACUGACAGUAGAGGGCAUGCUGGAGGCGGAAAGAUAAAGGACAAAAACUAUGUUAUAUCCUCUUUACAAUGCAGUUUAUUCAGAUAAUUCUAUCAUGUGUUGGCAGAUGAAUCCCAAUACUGCUUUGAGUCCACUUCACUGAGCUGCAUCAUUAUUUGGCCAGUACAUGAGCAACAACCAAUGUCUUCUUUUUUCCAAUAUGGUGUUUGUUUUUGCUGUUGUUGAAAAGUAAAUGUUUACUUUUUUUUUUUUUUUUUGUUAAUUCAAGUUUGCCUUACUUUGAUUUUGUGUUGAUGUCAAUAGCUUGCACUGCUAGCGUUUUAUCUUCUUAGGUGAUAUACAAAAACAAGUAUGCAUGUGUAUGAACAUAGCUUUCACCAUAUAAAAGGAGGCUUUGAGAUACUAUUAUUUUUUUUGAUUUGUAAAAUAAUGUGUGUAUGAUUGUUUUUGGAAGGAUGUCCAAUGUUAAUGUUUAAAUGGAUAUGUCAUAUAAUGUGAAAACUAAUUGUAUAGAUGCUUUAAUUAAUACAGUGAAAGACCAGUCUAAAAAGCAGAUUUCAAUCAUUGUAAAUUAUUACUCAUUGGAGUGUCUGCUUAUCAUCCUCAUUGUCGUCGUCAUCAUCAUCAUCAUUAUAU